AUGUCCCAGACCAGCAACAACCACCGGCCGAGCCGCCCGGAGCCCCGCCGAGCCGAACCGGCACCGCCGCCAGAGGCAGGUGAGAGCUCACACCCUUCUCCGAGGCAGACACCAGAGGCAGAGCCCCGGCCACCCACCCGCCCCACGGCGCUGAAGAAGGAGGAACCUCUGGAAGAUGUGGAGUCCCAAAAAGUCCUGAUGAAGGGUCCCUGCCCGGAGCUCAAAGGCUCUCCCGAAGCUGUGACAUGCCAGCCCCAGGUACGAGCAUCCCCCCAGUCUCCCAGCCCUUCCACCCAUCUGCUGCAGAACGGGCCCGGGCGGGGGCUGGAUCCAGGAGGUGCCAACAGGGAGGCCGGGAACGGGGUCUUCCGCCCCCUCCCCAGCGCUGCGAAGCCCCCCCGCAAGCUGCAGUCACACCACUCCAUCAACAGCCAGAGCAGCAAGAAGAGCAAGGGCAGCUCCAAGUCAGCCUCGUCCCACAUCCCUAUUGAGGCACAAGAAGACUGCUGCGUCCACUGCAUCCUCUCCUGCCUCUUCUGCGAGUUCCUGACCCUCUGCAACAUCGUGCUGGACUGUGCCACCUGCGGCUCCUGCACCUCCGAGGAUUCCUGCAUCUGCUGCUGCUGCUGCAACUCGGGCGAGUGCGCCGACUGCGACCUGCCCUGCGACAUGGACUGCGGCAUCAUCGACGCCUGCUGCGAGUCGGCCGACUGCCUGGAGAUCUGCAUGGAGUGCUGCGGGCUCUGCUUCUCCUCCUGAGGGGCUGUACCCAGGGGGGGACACCAGCAGCGGGUCCCCCCCAGCCCCUCCUGUCCAGCCCAAGCCGGCGGAGGGGACACCCAGGUGUGAAACACCAAAAGGAGGAGCCUGGUAGUGGAGGAGGGCGAUAUCCCCCCCGUUGCAAAGCUCAUCCUUGGAGCUGGGGGGCCAGGUGUGGAUCCUGCCUGGGGAAGGGUGAAUCCGUAGGGCCACUCCGGGGACGGCUGCCAUCCCGUCAUGCUCUACCUCGUCCCCACACCACGCUGGUUUGCCAAGGAUGGUGGGAGCCUUCUGCCACCUGAGCCGAGAGCAGGAGUGCCCGUCCCGUGUGCCACAGAGCCCUCAGGUGCCACCAAUGUUUGGGACAGCCAGUGCCACCACCAGGGCUGCCCCAGGACAGUGCUCUGCUUUACACAAGGGUGUCGUGGAGCAUCCUCCCCCUGGCCCAGAGACAUCUCCAAGUACAGAGCUUUGCUCCCUGCUGGGAGCCCACUGGGAGAUGCUGAAGCCUAUAGCCAGGCUGUGUGAUCCCGUGCCAUGGGACAUAUCCUGCCAGCCCCUACCCCUCCUUGGUGCUGAGAUCAGCAGCCAAGUGCAAUACACAUAGCCCCCUCCCCUCCCUACUUUACCAGCUGGGAAGGAGCUUUUCCUUCACCAGUCCCUGCCAGCAGGGUUGGAAGCAGGGGCCAGGGCAGCCACCCUGGCUGGAGAGAGCCUGGAGCUGUGCCGAGAUGUUACUGACCCUCCACGGGUCCCAGGGGGGGUGAUGGGUUGGUUGGUGCCAAAUGACCCCCAGCAGUUGUUGGCCUCUGUCCCAUCACCCUGGGGACAGGGCUCGUGGCUGGGUAGGGGUGGAAAACGCCCCAUUGAAGGGCUGGGGAGAAGGGGAUGAAAGUGAUAUGGUAUUUUAUUAAUAUUUUUUUGUGUGCCUUUCAUUUUUUACUGUAAAUAAAGGUCUUUCUUCAUUUCUGA